AUUCCGUCAGUUCAUAGGAACCCGUAAAACCUAUCGUUUCGUUGCGUUCCCACUCAUUCGUUUUUUUGUUAAAUUAUUCUUGUUUUAUUCGGUAAAAUGGCCAAAAAGCCUAUAAAUUUCAAGGAGAUGUCCGCGAUGCCGCCGCGCACCAUUAAGCUGGCGAACGAGAAGCAGACCGUCGCGGAGGCUCUCAAUUUCAUGAAGCUGGCAUGCAUGCGCCAGCCAGAGGAAGCCAUGAAGUCCAAGGACCCCGAAGGUCCCACAGUGGCGGACGAGCUGAAUGCUCGCCUGGCCAUGGUGCACGUCCGCGAGAAUCGGGCCAAGCGCAUCAAGCGUCUGGUCAAGUUUCCCCCAACCGAGCAGCAGGCAUUGUACAAGUUCAUCUGCAUCUGUCCCCGAUACCAUCCCUGCUACGGACCCUGCCAGCACACGGGCCAGAUCAUCAUCGACCGCGACGUGCUGUCGCGGGAGGAGCACAUCUGUUUCCUGGCCACACCCAAGAAGGACCCGAUCUCCCCGCAGCUACUCAAGCCGCCGAUUUACUACUCCAAAAAGUACUUCAUGCCCACGUGCACGGCCCGCAUUGAACGCCUGGCCGAUCCCCUGCCGGUCCGGGUCAAGGACACGAUCAAGACCUACAAGAACGUACUCGAGCCCCGCCAAUUGGCCGCCUUGCAGAACCAGAUGAAGCCCAAGCCGCCCGUGGAGGUGAUGAGCAUGGACAGGGCCCUGGAGUACCUGGAGGAGGAGCUGCGACAGCGUCGAGCGGCCAAGCAACUGCAUCGCCGUCGCUGCAAGAGCCUGAAGAAGCGAAUCCUCCUGCGUCAACGCAACCAGAUGCAGAAGAUCGUGUGCGUGUUGUUCGAGGAGAUGAAGGACUUCCUGCUCAACGAUCAGUUUAUCGUUGACGAAAACUCGCCGCUCUGUGCUGUGAUCCUCGAUAAGAUUAGGGAGUUUACGGAUCAAGAGUUCUACACGACCAGUAACCUACGCGAAUAUCAGAAGAUAUUGGCCAACAACCUAACCGUUUGGAUCAACAAGUUCAUCUCCAACUUGAACAUUUACUUGGCCCCACAACAGGUCCCCGUCCAGCGCACGAUGUUGGCCGACGAGGAUCCGGAACAGUUUGUGCCUCUGUCGGACUACAUUUCGAUGUCCGAACAACUGGAGGAGAUGACGCGCGACACCGGCCAUAUUGGCUAUGACUUUGAGGACUAUGACAACGAGGAAUAUUUGAAUGAUGUACUAACAGCGCCCGGUGACGGUGACGGCGAUGACGAUACACUGAUGAACGCCGAUUAAUCAGUUCGGCGUAGCUUUCAUCCUUCUGUUGAACUCCUUGACAGAAAAUUCUAUAGUGUACAGAUCCAAAAUUUAAUUGUAACAAUCCAAAUUAAUAGUAAAUGUUCGUUCGUAUCCCAA